AAAAAUGUCAUCGUCACAAGAAGAAGAGUGUUCGGUCCAACCAUCCGUCAUUUCGUGUGAUUUUAUGUGAUUUUCUUUCAAUUUAUUUGGAUAUUUUUAUCCUAAUUAAUCAUUAAUAAAACCAACCAUUCGAAUCCGUAUACAUUCCGCCAUCGAAAACCAAAAACUAUUCUUCAAAAAUCAAACUUGAACUUGCAUUAAAAAAGUCAAAAAACACCAAAAACAACAAGAAGAACGAAAGAAAAAAUAUAUCCCCUUGUCGUUGUCGUUUUCGUCUUCGUCGUCGUCGUCGUCGUGUGUCAUUCCGUGAAUGUGAAGUGAAUCAAAGAUUUUUUCUUCUCACAUAUUUCGGUCUUUCUCUUCGUUUUUAUUUGUUAAUUUACGAGUAGAAAAUUGUUAAAUAAAUUGCAAAUAUUCAAACCAACCACAUUCAAAUUGUAAAUAGAAAAUAAUUUAUAAUCUUUUAAAGCAUUUUGCUUGUGAAAUUUUGGUGUUUUAUUUUUCUUUUCUUGUCUUUUGUGUGUUUUUUUGGACAAUUGUGUGCUCUAGAUUUUCUUCUCAUCAUCCUGCUGUCAUUAUGCAAAGUUAAACCCUGCUGUGACUGUGAUUAAUGCUGGAACCAGAAUUAUAACACACCUCACAGACUGCACUUUUGUUUUAAAAUAAAUACGAAAUACAAUUCAAUUGGAAAAAAAGCAAUAAGCAAUAAAAGUUCAAGUAUUUAUUAUUUUUUUCGGAAUUUUUCUUGAUUCAAGAACAAAAACACGAAAUGCGUGUGUUUGAGCUGUGACACGAUUUUCUUUCUGUUUCUGUUCCUGUGACAUCGUUCGUCGUCGUAGUCGUAGUCGUUUUGGUUUUAGUUUUCGUCCUUCUAUCAUCGUCGUCGUUGUCGUCGUCAUUGUCGUUGUCGAAGUGGUUGUCAAUAGUCAGUCAAUUGGAGUUGGUUUGUUUCUGGAGAGAGCCCGACACUGACACCGCCCACCCCGCCUUCUUUAAUUUAAUUUGUUUUUAGUUUUUGUUUUAUUUUUUUAUUUUUAAAUAAUUUUUCUGUGCUGUGCGUGGGUUCUUGUAACUACUAUCAUACCUACCUACCUUAUUGAAACUAAUUAAAUAAUUAAAAAAUAUAAUUGCUCAGUUAAGAUAAUAAUAAAUUAAUUAAAAAACAUAAGCAGUGCUGCUUAAGAAAAUACAUAUACAAAAUCAUGAAUUCCGAACAUGGAUUUAAUCCGGCCUUUAAUAUGGCGACAAUCCGCCAAGCAUUUACAGAAGCCGUCGAACGGGUGAGAAUGCCCACACCCACGCGGCUAAGAGAUCUCAUUCGACAAAUUCGCGCUGCUAGGACAGCUGCCGAGGAGAGGGCUGUGGUGAAUAAGGAAUGCGCCUACAUCCGUAGUACAUUUCGAGAAGAAGACUCGGUUUGGAGAUGUCGGAACAUCGCCAAGUUAUUGUACAUCCAUAUGCUUGGUUACCCAGCACACUUUGGCCAAUUGGAAUGCCUUAAAUUGACUGCCAGUACACGAUUCACAGACAAAAGAAUUGGUUAUCUGGGAGCGAUGCUCUUACUUGACGAGAGACAAGAUGUCCAUUUGCUGAUAACAAAUUGUUUAAAAAAUGAUCUUAAUAGUUCAACACAGUUUGUUGUUGGAUUGGCAUUGUGUACCUUGGGUGCAAUAGCUUCACCAGAAAUGGCGCGAGAUUUAGCUAGCGAAGUUGAAAGGCUUAUGAAAUCUCCAAACACGUAUAUAAGAAAGAAAGCAACUCUGUGCGCUUUUCGCGUCAUAAGACGGGUACCGGAAUUAAUGGAGAUUUUCUUGCCAGCAACGAGAUCAUUGCUAAGCGAGAAAAAUCAUGGAAUUCUAAUAACUGGCGUCACAUUAAUUACCGAAAUGUGCGAGAACAGUGCUGACACACUGAGUCACUUUAAAAAGAUUGUCCCAAAUUUGGUGCGAAUAUUGAAAAAUCUUAUACUCGGCGGUUAUUCCCCCGAACACGAUGUCAGUGGAGUAAGUGAUCCAUUUUUGCAAGUGAAAAUUUUGCGACUGCUGAGGAUUCUUGGGCAUAACGAUCCAGAUGCGUCGGAGGCGAUGAACGAUAUUUUGGCACAAGUAGCCACAAAUACAGAAACUAGUAAAAAUGUUGGUAAUACUAUUCUUUAUGAAACUGUUCUCUCAAUCAUGGAUAUUCGUUCUGAAGGAGGACUUCGAGUAUUGGCUGUCAAUAUAUUGGGACGUUUUCUAUUGAAUUCGGAUAAAAACAUUCGCUAUGUUGCUUUGAAUACUUUGCUGCGUACCGUACACGCAGACACCUCGGCUGUGCAAAGACAUCGCACAACAAUACUUGAAUGUCUGAAGGAUCCCGACGUUUCGAUUCGUCGUCGAGCCAUGGAGCUAUCAUUUGCUCUGAUCAAUGGUCAAAAUAUAAGAACAAUGACCAAGGAACUGCUUUUGUUCCUUGAGAAAGCUGAUCCCGAAUUCAAGGCACAAUGCAGUUCCGGGAUGAUUCUAUCGGCUGAGAGAUAUUCACCAACAACUCGAUGGCAUUUAGAUACUCAAUUGAGUGUUUUAAUUGCGGCUGGAAAUUAUGUGCGCGAUGAUGUGGUCUCAUCAACGAUCCAACUGGUAUCAAGUAGCCCUGUUGCUGAGCAAACUUAUAUAACUAAUCGCUUCUGGGAAUCACUACAAGUGAGCAAUCAUUGUGAGGAUAAGCAGCCACUUCUGCAAGUGGCGGUAUGGGCAAUUGGAGAGUAUGGAGACCUUUUCAUGUAUGGAGCUUCUGAAGAUGAAAUAGAACGCCCCACUGAAGCAGAUAUUAUUGCUUUGUAUCACAAGUUCUUGACAUCAGCUCAAGUGUCGACUACAAGCAAGCAGUAUGCGUUAGUGGCGCUAGCGAAACUCAGCACUCGAUUGCAUCACUGUCAAGAUGAAAUCCAAAGCCUAAUUCAAUCAUUUGGUAGCCACUUGAACGUUGAUCUUCAACAAAGAGGAGUUGAAUUCACUCAACUAUUCGGUUCCCAUAAUCAUCUUCGUCCGGCGUUGCUCGAAAAGAUGCCACCAAUGCAGAUAAGUCGAAUUGCAACACAAAACGGCGGCGGUACAUAUGAUGAGAAUAAUCCUGAUCUAAUCGAAAAUGGUGUUGAGGAGGCAGAAAACAAUACAGUUUCAAUGCCUGCCUUAGGUGAUCAAUCGAACAUUCUUUUGGACCUUUUGGGUGGAAGUGAUUUAGGUACAGAACUUUCGAAUGCAUCAACAGUGCAAAAGAAAAACACAAAGAAUGCCAAUGUCGUUGCAUCACUGGCCACAGAAACCUCAAACAACCAAGAUCUAUUGGAUUUACUUGGUGGAUUGGAUAUGUCAGCGCCAACACCAGCAGCUCCUGUUCAAAAUAUGAAUAUAAUGGGAAUGGUGGAUGGUGGCGGAAGUGGAAUGAUAACAUCACCAUCAACUAAUGGCAAUGAUAUAUCAACCCUUGGAGGUGGUGGACUUAAUUUGACUGCUCCAUCGAUUAUAGAAUCUAAUAUUAUGUCAAAUUCGCUUUUAAAUGAUUUGACAGCGACAACGACAAGUGUAACGCCUCAAGGACCUAAACUAACGGCUUUAGAUAAAAAUGGUAUUUUAGUUCAACUAGUUCCGGUUAAAGGAAACGAUUGUAUGCAGAUUUUUAUGACAACAACAAACAGUUCAUUGAGUACAAUCGAACAGUAUCUGUUUCAGGCUGCAGUUCCUAGGAGCUUUACUCUGCAAAUGUUAUCGCCAUCGGGUUCCUUACUUGCACCAGGUGGUGUUAUAACCCAAGAAAUGAGAGUCGUUAGUACGUCCAAGGCCAUCCUCCGAAUGAGGUUACGCAUAUCAUAUGUAUUAGAUGGUCAACCGGUACUCGAACAAACGGAAGUGACUGGAUUUCCCGAUAAUUCCCCCGAAUAAAAAUCAAAAUAAUUAAAUUUAUAUAUAUUAAAAAAAAAGAAAAAGAAUUAAUAACAACACCAUCAAUUUUGUAAAAUACAAACAGACAACAUAAACAAUUAAGUAAACCAACCAAUUAUAUUUGAAUGUAAAAUUUAUUAUUUGUAUUAUUCCUAUAAUUACUAUGAAAUGAAAAAAUUGUUAACUGAAUUGUAAGAAAGAAAAGUGUUGGUUAUUAAGUUUAUACAAAAAUGUUUGUUUUACUUUUUUAAAAAGAUGACAGAUUCCAGCAUUUCUUCUUUUAUUUUCUAAAUUUGUUGAAUAAUUUGUUUAAUUUUUUCCUUAUUUAUUUUUUAGUAUUUUCAAAUUUUAGUUUCUUUUUCUAUACAACUUUAAAAAAAAAAAAAACAGAAACACAAGAAGAAUAAAAAAGACACACUCACAUAGUGGCAACUAUAAUUACUUUUAAAAGCGGAUUUUUAUUAUUUAUUUAUUUCAAAAUUGUGUUAGAAAAAUGUAUUAUGUAUAAACGCUUUUUGAAUGGAAUUCAAAAAAGAAAUUAUAUAUUAAAAAAGAAACGAAAAACAAAAUAAAAAAAAACAUAAAACAAAACGAUUCAAAUGGCUUCAAAUAAAGUUUUAUACUUAACA